ACCAACUAAUACAGCAAUGCGAUCAACUGGGGUGAUGCGUUGGUGGCGAGGACUCCUGCUUCACAGAAGUCUUGUUUUCCGUGUGGUAAACUCAGUUCGAACUAUUAAACGACUUGUGGGAUUCCUCAAGGGUGAGAGUAUGUCGAGCAAAGUGGCCAUCGAGCAGAUCGGGAAGGGUAUGAUAUCAAAAAUCCAGUUCGCAGAGGAUGAAGCCGUCGGCGCCAGACGUGUCACCCUCAGAUUCCUCGACAGAUUCUCUGGGAAUGGCCUGGGACGUUCCGCGUACCGGGAUUCGUCUCCAUUCAGGAGACUCUUCUGGCUCCUAAUAUUUCUCGUCGCCACGGGCCACAUGGUUUACCUCAUCGUCGACGCGAUCAAGACUUACGACUCGGGCCCGAAGGCGACCAUGAUAGAGCUGAACACGGACAAGGAACUGGAUUUCCCGGCCGUCACGAUCUGCGCCUACAGUCCUCUGUGGAAGAACCUAGAAGAUGAGCCGACACUGUCCAAAUUCAAGAAUCUCUUCGAGCUGAACGAGAACCUCGAAGGAGCGCUCGAUGACAUCUUAAAGCCCGAGGACACGAGCCACCUGACGACUGUCGCUCUCCCGUUAAACGACGAUACGAACCGGGAUAUGGGGCCGAAUAACUGCAUCAAGCCCUUCGUUCGCCUGUACCCAAAUGAUGCCCUGGGUUCCUCCGGACCGACGGGACAAGUGGAUGGACCAACGUCAGAGCUCUCCUCAUACUCAGCUGCCACUACGACUGAAAUGGAUUCAACUUCUCAUGAAAUUCCACAAGCCAGAGUCGGCUUAAAUUAUUACUCAGGCCCUAAUUCCCCCACAUCGACAAUGAACUCCUCAACGAACAUCGCAUCGGCCAGAAUCGCGGCGGCGCAGUUUCCAGCUGACGGCCGAGUCGACAGCUCGACUCCGUUUGGUAUCUCUGAGGUUUCGGGGGAAGAGAACUACGACGAGGACGAACUCCGGAAAAUCUUCGAAGCCGAUGGGAUCCGAGUGGACUCAGGAGACGAAACGAAAAAUGGAACGAGAAAAAUCAGCAACGAGACUGUUAAAGUUGACGAUUUUCUCUCGAUGCUGCUUCUGACCAGCUCCUACACGUUGAGCGACUUCCGGGAAUAUUUAAAUCUGGCCGACGCCGUCAGCGACAUCAUGAAGUCCAUACAGCAUAGCAGCUUCAAUGAUGUACCUUGCAAUCCGGAGUAUGUGUCUGAUAUUAUCUGCCUGAGGAAGUACCGUAUGAGCGACUUCAGGGUCAAGAACGACUCAAACUAUGGGCAAUGCCUGACCUACAACUACAAGGGCGACAAACGCGUCAGCCGGUCUGGGUCAUCGGGCGGGCUGCACCUGAGGCUGGUCUGGAACGCCAAGAACGAGUUGGUCCUCCUCGCCCAGGCGAAGGGAUUCCGUGUCGCCCUCCACCAUCCGAAGGCGGAGCCCGACCCCCUCGGGGAAGGCUUCGAUGUCGGCCUCAAUAUGAAUUCAUACGUUGGCGUGAGGAAGAUGAGUUUUGAACGCCUUCGUCCAGAUACAGGGGGGGAUUGCGCCUUCGAUUCUUACCUACAGGAACGCUUCGACAAGAGGAUUUUCAAGGUUUCAGAUGAAAAUAAAUAUUCCAAAAAGCUCUGUCUGGAGCUGUGCAAGCUUUGGCGCAUACAUCAGAAUCCAACUACUCACUGCUACUUGGAGUCUCCUCUUCUGCAAAACGAAGUGAACGUGUCGGAAUAUUGCAACAGGCAAGCUCGCAUCAAGUCCGUGGACAUCCUUAAGAACAUCAACAUGGAUGAGGAGACUUCUUGCUUCUGCCCUCAACCCUGCACGGAGGAGAGGUAUCAAUGGUCUUUGUCGGCGGCGCAGACAGUUCCUCGGCACGCAUUGCUCUUGGACCUCAUCGCCUGGUUGAGGGAGAAGAAGGGGAAGACUCCAAGCGAAAAGGAUCUCAUGACGGAGACCUUCUGCGGCCAACCCACAGAUGACGCGAGCAUUGCUGUGGUGAACAUCUACUACGAAACGAUGACAACUGAGCGAAUUGCAGAAACUCCUAUGUUUUCUGUGAGCGAAAAAAAUUCG